GCUAAAUCCCAUGUUGUUAUUACUUAUAUGGAUUUUUCCUUCUGUUGAUCUAGAAAAAUAUUUACCCAUUAAGUUUUUGGUGGAAAGUAUUAGCUUUUAUUUAGGAAAUAAGGGGAGGAAUUUCGAGUUCUAUGUUGCAGUAUCAGGAAUUUCGAGAAUUAUAAGGGAUUAGGGCAUUUUUAAUCUAAGUUGUGAAAUAACUACUUGUCUACAAUUUAUUGAUACUUUCUUUUUAAUAAUAGAAAAUUAUUAUUACUUCUAGGUUGGGAGAAAGCAGAGCUUAAAGGGUCUUUUCGGUUUUUGUUUGCCGAUCCGGUAGCUAGGGGUGUAUUUCACUAAAGGUUGAUAAGGAAGAUGAGUGGAGCUGGAGAAAAAGGGUCAACAACUACAAAAACACCUGCUGAUUUCCUCAAAUCAAUCCGUGGGCGACCCGUUGUCGUCAAGCUGAAUUCUGGUGUUGAUUAUAGAGGUAUUCUAGCUUGCCUAGAUGGAUAUAUGAACAUAGCUAUGGAACAAACAGAAGAAUAUGUCAAUGGACAGUUAAAAAAUAAAUAUGGCGAUGCUUUUAUUCGCGGAAAUAACGUACUUUAUAUCAGCACAUCAAAGAGGACAUUGGCUGAUGGGGCUUAAGUUGUGUUGGCAACUGCAACAAAGAAUCAUUCUUAUGAUAAAAUUGUUUGUAGAAUCUUUAAGUAUUUUAGAUCAUCUUUAAUCAAAAUCAUUGAAACUUCUGUUUGAAGCUUUGGAAGUAACAGAUGCUUUCAUUCUAAGCUAUGGAUUCGGAUGUGAUGUGAAUGUCAAAUAUGAGUAUAUAUGUCCAACAUGAGUAUGAUUAAUUUUUUUAA